GCGGGAUCCGGGGCGACCCAGACGGGUGCGCACUGCAGCGGUCUGGAAGCCUCAGGUGGGCGCCUGGUUGCGUUCCCCGCUCCUGUCCGGGCUCGGACACGUGCCUCCUCUCUCGCCCUCCCAGGCGUCUGAGCGGGAGGACCCCGGCGGGUCUCCGCAAGUUCGGGGUCCUCGCGAGCCCUGGUCCCGCGAGUCCGGGUUCCCGCGAGUCCGGGUCCUCGCGAGUCCCGGGUCCUCGCGAUCUGGGGGCGGCGGCCGGCUGCUCCAGCGGCUCCCGGGGCACACGGGCCGGACGGGCACGGAGAGCAGGAGACGGGGGCUUUCCUUCGGGAAGAUGAGGAAGCCCGACGGGAAGAUCGUGCUUUUGGGGGACAUGAACGUGGGCAAGACGUCGCUGCUACAGAGGUACAUGGAGCGGCGCUUCCCGGACACGGUCAGCACGGUGGGCGGUGCUUUCUACCUGAAGCAGUGGCGCUCCUACAACAUCUCCAUCUGGGACACGGCAGGGCGGGAGCAGUUCCACGGCCUGGGUUCCAUGUACUGCCGGGGAGCGACCGCGGUCAUCCUCAUCUACGACGUCAACCACCCGCAGAGUCUGCUGGAGCUGGAGGACAGGUUCCUGGGCCUGACGGACACAGCCAGCACUGACUGCCUCUUUGCCAUCGUGGGGAACAAGGUGGACCUCGUCGAGGAGCCGGCUGCAGAGGACCAGCGGAAGGACGGGCGGGGCCCUGGGGUGGCUGGGCGUGGCGGCGGAGCGCCCAAAGCGCCCAGGCAGGUGCAGCCAGAGGACGCGGCGGCGUUGUAUAGAAAGAUCCUGAAGUACAAGAUGCUGGACGAGAAGGAUGUGCCGGCCGCUGAGCAGAUGUGCUUUGAGACCAGUGCGAAAACCGGGCACAACGUGGACCUGCUGUUUGAAACCUUGUUCGACCUGGUGGUGCCUGUGAUCUCGCGGCAGAGAGCCCAGGGGCCGCCGCAGACCGUGGACAUCACCAGUUAUAAGACGCCCGGACAGACUCCAUCUGGGUGCUGUGCCUGAUGCAUGGGGGCGCCGAGCCCCGGGGUACACGAUCGGCCAGGGGAUGACCAGCGCGGUCGGAGGGCGGGUGGAGCCCAGCGUGUUCCUUAGUGGGGCCGCACACCAGGAGGAGGUCCCGGGGCCAACGCCAGCUGGUGGUUUUGCGGCCGCUGGGAACGGUCCCUCGGUCUGUGUCACUGUGCCGGGAGGUGGGGGACAAGUGAAUCCCCUGCAGAAACUACUCUUCUGAGCUGAGACGCCCAGAGACCGCUGUCCCCUGCUGCCUCUUCCCUAACAACCCGGCCUUGCCAGAGGCCGUGGCCGGGCUUUGGAGGGCACCCGGCGUGGCCCCUGCACCACUCUUAUGUUGUUCUCAGACAUCGGUGCCUCCUGGGUCCUACCAUUUGGUACUUGUGUCCUGAGGUAUCACGAUGAUUCUGGACAUGUUAGCUUCUACGCAAUCAGGAAUCCCAGCUUCGACGUGGGUGCAGCCGUAUGAGUGUGCGUAUUAUUAAAAAGGAUUAUAGGAAGA